AUGCAGUGCACCCUUCUCACCUCCUCCUCCUCCCUCCAGUCUGCAAUCCGCAGCGGCAAGGACUCAAGAAUGUCAGGACGUGGAGACAGUCGUGUUGGGCCACCGGCUGGCAUCGGUGGCAGCAUCUCUGCUUGGACCGACACAUUGGUUUUGAUGGCCAGCGCAGAUGACGAGUCAAUGAGUGUUCGAGACACGCGACUAAAUCCUCACUUCGCUAUUGAAACGGAGGCGGCUCCAACAUCGCCCUCAUCAGAGGUGAGCAGUCGUGAGUGUCUGGAGGCGUCGUUGAGUGAUGCACUGAACAAACUACUCUCCCAGCGCCGACAAUACCUCUCGGACGAUGGGGGUGAAGCUUCGGAUUAG